GACUUCCGGGCGAGGCGGAGCGGGGCUUCCGGUUGGGGUGGUAGGGUGGUGGACCUGUUGGUCCCGUUUUCCCGUCGCACGUGGCGGCCACUGUUGGCUUCUGAAUGCUUUACAAGGCGGAGAUCCACGCCGAGGCCGUUGGAUCGGCCGUGGGUACAUCCGUCUGAGCCGUUCCUGUCCCAGCGCAGAGCGGCGGCCUCCGGCGGCGCCCUGCAGCCAUGGACUACCGGCGUUUUCUUAUGAGCCGGGUGGUCCCCGGGCAGUUCGACGACGCGGACUCCUCUGACAGUGAAAACAGAAACUUGAAGACAGUCAGAGAGAAGGAUGACAUUCUGUUUGAAAACCUUCAAGACAAUGUGAAUGAGAAUGGUGAAGGUGAAAUAGAAGAUGAGGAGGAGGACGGUUAUGAUGAUGAUGACGAUUGGGACUGGGAUGAAGGAGUUGGAAAAGUCACUAAGGGUUAUGUCUGGAAUGGAGGAAGCAACCCACAGGCAAAUCGACAGACCUCCGACAGCAGUUCAGCCAAAAUGUCUACUCCAGCAGACAAGGUCUUACGGAAAUUUGAGAAUAAAAUUAAUUUAGAUAAGCUAAAUGUUACUGAUUCUGUCAUAAAUAAAGUCACCGAAAAGUCUAGACAAAAGGAAGCAGAUAUGUAUCGCAUCAAAGAUAAGGCAGACAGAGCAACUGUAGAACAGGUGUUGGAUCCCAGAACAAGAAUGAUUUUAUUCAAGAUGUUGACUAGAGGAAUCAUAACAGAGAUAAAUGGCUGCAUUAGCACAGGAAAAGAAGCUAAUGUAUACCAUGCUAGCACAGCAGAUGGAGAGAGCAGAGCAAUCAAAAUUUAUAAAACUUCUAUUUUGGUGUUCAAAGAUCGGGAUAAAUAUGUAAGUGGGGAAUUCAGAUUUCGUCAUGGCUAUUGUAAAGGAAACCCUAGGAAAAUGGUGAAAACUUGGGCAGAAAAAGAAAUGAGGAACUUAAUCAGGCUAAACACAGCAGAGAUACCGUGUCCAGAACCAAUAAUGCUAAGAAGUCAUGUUCUUGUCAUGAGUUUCAUCGGUAAAGAUGACGUGCCUGCACCACUCUUGAAAAAUGUCCAGUUAUCAGAAUCCAAGGCUCGGGAGUUGUACCUGCAGGUCAUUCAAUACAUGAGAAGAAUGUAUCAGGAUGCCAGACUCGUCCAUGCAGAUCUCAGUGAAUUUAACAUGCUGUACCACGCUGGAGGCGUGUAUAUCAUUGACGUUUCUCAGUCUGUGGAGCACGACCACCCACAUGCCUUGGAGUUCUUGAGAAAGGAUUGCACCAACGUCAAUGAUUUCUUUCUGAAGCACAGUGUUGCCGUCAUGACUGUGCGGGAGCUCUUUGAAUUUGUCACAGAUCCAUCCAUUACACAUGAGAACAUGGAUGCUUAUCUCUCAAAGGCCAUGGAAAUAGCAUCUCAAAGGACCAAGGAGGAAAGGUCUAGCCAAGAUCAUGUGGAUGAAGAGGUUUUUAAGCGAGCAUAUAUUCCUAGAACCUUAAAUGAAGUAAAACAUUAUGAGAGGGAUAUGGACCUAAUUAUGAAAUUGAAGGAAGAGGACAUGGCCGUGAAUGCCCAACAAGAUAAUAUUCUAUACCAAACUGUCACUGGAUUGAAGAAAGAUUUGUCAGGAGUUCAGAAGGUCCCUGCACUCCUAGAAAAUCAAGUGGAGGAAAGGACUUGUUCUGAUUCAGAAGAUACUGGAAGCUCUGAGUGCUCUGACACAGACUCUGAAGAGCAGGGAGACCAUGCCCGCCCCAAGAAACACACCACGGGCCCUGACGUUGAUAAAAAAGAAAGAAAAAAGAUGGUCAAGGAAGCCCAGAGAGAGAAAAGAAAAAACAAAAUUCCUAAACAUGUGAAAAAAAGAAAGGAGAAGACAGCCAAGACGAAAAAAGGCAAAUAGAACGAGAACCAUAUUAUGUACAGUCAUUGUCAUCAGUUACUUUUCUCGCCUGAACUCUAAGCUGCGUCUGGAAGAUGGCUUAUUGAUUUUAACCAAAUUGUCAUCAUGUCUGUCUGUGAAGACGGAUUCAGUGUUUUCAUGUAAUUAUGUAAAAAACUCUAAGCUCUAGAGUCUAGAUCCAGUCCCUGACUCUGGUGUUGACAGAGGAUUUAUUUAAGCUAUUAUUUUAAUAAAGAACUUUGUACAUUUUUAUUUUUA